AUGGCAAUGGCAGAGAAUCCCUCGCCAGGAAUCAUAGACGCGGAGGAUAACCUGUCCGAUAUGGAGAAUCAAGCUCCUUCAAGUGAUGAUGAAGUGGCAUUGCCACCAGAAUCGUGCAGUGGUUCAAGCGAUGCUAUGGAAGAUCUCCACUCAGCAAGCAGCGACAGCUCGACCGAUUUCAACAGUGACGGCGAUGACGUGGGAAAAAAGCAACGACACAGCCUCUGUCGCAAGACACGAAGUCUGAUGCAGACAAAGACGACUCCGCGACGAUCUUCCCAACCCAACAUGAAGACAAGCUUGAAUAGCUUGCUCAACGACGACGAAGCCUCCAAGCACAGUGGGUUGGAAAAACAAUGUCAAGACAUCAAGUCUCAGGUUGAGGCGUUUAACAAGGAGAAAGAACUACUCCGAGAAUACCAAUCGCAAAUUGACGCCCUCCAACAAGAGAAGGAAAAGCUCAAGGGUCGGUUGGAUGCCUCGGGAAACAUCUCUGCCGAUUUGAGCGAUCUGGUAGACACCCAAGCAUCGGAAAUGCAGAAAAUCAUCAGUACCUGCGAAAAACAAAAAUCCACCAUCGAUAGUCUGCGAACUGAGAAGGAUUUAUUGGAGUUGGAUGCUCAAAAGAAGAAAGCAUCGCUGGAGAAGACAUUGAUGCAAGUUAUCUCCUUGAAACGAGACAGAAAGAGUCUUCGGAAACAGUUGAAGAAGGUCGCGGAGAAAGCUUCCAUGCAACUAUCCAAGAACUUGCCAGGGUCCCCACCUCCAUUGCUCCAAGAGGCAUCUCAAGAAUUACUAGACGACUUUCGCGAGCAAGACGAAGAAUCGGCAAAGCUCCUUGAGAUUGUCGGCCAAAACAUGGCCAUGGAGGAAGCCAUGAAAAUCCUCAACCUCAGUCCUCUUUCAAGUCUUGACGAGGACGAUCAAGAGAACAGUGUAAGCUCUAUCCUGAAAGAAGAGCUGGAAGCAUUGAGAGAGACAUGUUGCAGUCAAAGGCAGAAACUCGAGCAGCUCGAGCUGGAGAAAGCAAUCAUGGAGAAGACGUUGCAGUCAGCAGCUGAAGAUAAGGUGAGCCUGCAAGCGCUUCUAGAACAACAAAAGCAGUUGACGGAAGAAACUGUGACAGCUUCCAUGAUACAAAAGGAUCAAUUCGAUUUGAUGAUGCUUCGUCGUGAAGACAGCAAGACCGAACUGCAACAAGCUUUGAAAGAGCAGCAGGGUCUCGUGGAAAAGCUCAAGGGUGAGGUAAACGAACUUUCCUCCAAAGCACAACACUAUGAGUCUCUUUCCAAACAGCAAACAUCGCUUGUCGAAGCAUCCUCGCCACAUGAUACCGCAUCCACACCGUCUGUUGACGAGAAACUCAGAGACAGGUUGAAAGCCGCCGAGUUGGAGAUCGAAAGGCUGAAACUAUCCGGAGCAGAGAAAGUGGAAUCCUUACAGGAGUGCAAAGGCGUCCUCGAGGCCAUCAAGGCUGAACUAGAGCAAGUUCAAGACAGCAAUGUCAAGCUCGAGGAAGACCUCAAAGCCAGCCAGCAGGAAUCGGCGAAACUGCAAGAGCUUCACAAAGCUAUGUCGUUGGAGAUUGCCACCAAUCAAGAGACGAUCGAGAGCCAGAAAAUCAACUUGGAGUCCUUGCAAACGGACAAAGAUGCCCAGAGAAAAGAGUUAGAAACUGCCAAGGAGUCAGGUGCUUCAACGCAACAAGUCAACCAAUCCCAAGAAGGACGAAUCAAGGAACUCGAAGAACAAUGCACGGAAAUGGAACCGUUGCGGAAGAUCAUCGAUGCGCUUUCAAAGGAAGUGCAAGCUUCACGCGACUUAUUGGCGUCGCAGGAGAAGCUGGUUGCUGACAAAGAACAAAUCAUCCAGGACACAUGUGCCAAGGUCACGGGGCUCGAAACGUCUCUUGGACUUCGUGAGGCCGAGCUGGAAGAAUUGAAACAAAAGUUUGACUUGUGUUCCAAGGAGCUACAAGAGGCGCGGUUGACGAUCACCUCCAGCGAAGAUGCCCUGAGAGGAAGGGAAGCUACAAACGAAGAAAACAUUGCUGACAUCGGGAGGCUAGACAAGGCGCUUGAGACUGCCGCUACCGCACUCAAAGAACAGGAAAUCCUUAUCGCAGAUCAGGUGGCGGAAAUCAAGGCAUUGAAAGGUUCCAAUGCUACUUUCCAGGACAAUCUGCUUAAGACGGAAGACAAAAUCACGAAGCAUGCUUCUGAAGUUGAAAGUCUAAAGAGUUCCGUUGAGGAGCUGGAGAAGAAACUCACAGAAAAGGAAGACGUCAUCACUGACCACCAGGCUAUGGUUGAUACUGUGAAGGGCGCAUUGGAGACUGCCAAUACCAACCAUCAAGAAGCCAUGUCACAAAAGGAAGAAAAGAUUGCGCAAUACACAACUGAAAUUGAAGCUUUGAAGAGCUCUCUUGAAGCUGUGAAAGGAGAGAUCGAGGACGUACAGGCGGAGAAGCAAGACCUGACCACGGCGCAAUACACAGCUGAAAUUGAAGCUUUGAAGAGCUCUCUUGAAGCUGUGAAAGGAGAGCUCGAGGAGGUAAAGGCGGAGAAGCAAGACCUGGCCACGGAGCAGUCCGCCAAAGCUGAUGCAUUUGAGGCUGCAAAGUUAGAAUUUAACAAAGUGCUGGCAGAGAAGGAAGAAGUCAUAGAGGAAACGUCCGCUCAGGUUGAGUCGCUGAAGGCCUCACUCGAAGAUGCGAAAUUCAAGCUGCAAGAGGCGUUGAACAAGGAGGAAACCAGGAGUUUGGAUUCACAGGAGUCUUUGGAGGUUGAGGAACUGAAGGCAACACUUGAGAAGUCCAUGUUAGAGCAACAGCAACUGUCAGCAGAAGUUGAAGCCCUGGAAAGUACACUUGCGGCUUCGAAUGCCAAACUUCAAGAUGAGAUGUCAGAGAAGGAGGGCCUUAUCAAAGACAAGUUCAGAAGAAUGAGCGUGAGCCAAGAUUCUACAGCCAAAGCUCAAAAAGUUCUUGCAGAGAAGUCGAACCGCAUUGCAGAACAGAGUGUCGAGAUUGAAGCACUUAAGAGAUCCCUUCAAGAAAAAAAUGUAGAACUUGAAUCACUCAGACAACAACAUGGGAUGCUUCACGACGAGCUGCAGGACGUAAAAGAAGCCCUUUCGUCACGAGAACCUUCAGUGUACGAGGAGCUUAACUCCUCUCUGCAAGAGGAAUUGGAAGCUGCAAAAGCAACCAUUGACAACCUUGAACAACUGCAACGCCAGAACGAGGGCACCAUUGAAGGAAACGCGUCUAGGAUUGCGUCCCUCGAAGAAGCCUUGGAGACCGGGGAAGCUGAGCUUAAAUCGCUCAAGGGGCAAUACUUUUUGCUCUCGAAGGAGCUGGCAGCCUCAAGAGGAUCCAACUUGGCUGCAGAAUUGAAAAAGUGCCGUCGUCUUGUCGAGGCUCAAAAGCUGCAGAUCCAACAGCAAGGAGAGUCCUUGAAGUUGCAACAAGAGCACACUGAAUCACUUGAGGAGUCAAAGAGGGUCCUUGCCCUUCUUUGUGAGAACCAAAAGGCAGAGAUUGAGUCAAUGAGACUGGCUAUGGAAAAGCUGUCAAAGGAUGUGGCGGCUACGGUGGGAUCCAACAUGGCGGCGGAGCUAAAACUGUGCCGCGAACUCAUUGAGGUUCAAAAGCUUCAGAUCAAGAAACACGAAGUGUCCCUGAGGGAGCAAAAAAUCCGUACCGAAUCCCUAAAAAAGUCAAAGCGAGAGCUUGUGUCCAACAUUGUCAUGGAACUCGACGUUUGUCGCCAGCUCGUGGAGGCUCAAAAGCUUCAGAUUGAAAAGCACGAAGACUCCUUGAGACAAAAUCAAGAAUCAAAGAGGCAAAUGAAGCUGAAACUGGACACUCUUGUGGGAGAAUUAAGGGACGUGCAGUCUGCAUCCCCAGUCACUGUCCAAACAUAUGAAGCAGGUGUACCAAACGAGACAGAGCAAGGAACCAUCGAGAUUCUGCAGAAAGAAAACGAGCGGCUCCUGAAAGGCUACUUGGAAACGAAAAGGAAGGCCCAUUCUCUUCAAGAACGAGUGGCGCAGCUGGAGGCGGCAAGAGAAGACGAUUCUGCGGCUAAGGAAAAAGUAAAGUGCCGGAUCCAAAACCUUAACGAGGAUAUACGAGAGGCGAUGUCCUCGCAACGGCAAUCUCCGAAGGAAGCAGAAGAAGACGCAGCAACAGUGGCAAGCUUGAAGUACCAAAACGAGAGGCUUGUCGAGGAGCUCAGCGAAGCGCAUUUCUCAAUAUCAUCUUUGCAGCAAACUUUGGAGGAGAAAAAGGCAGAGAAAGAUCAAGCGUCUGUUGAUUUGGACCAUCACAUCACCAACUUGGCGACUCUUGUUGAACGAGACACCACAGCCGCCGAGGAAAUCCAGCGGCUUCGUGAGACACUGCAAGCUCAAGCUGAGGAGAUCAAAAAGCACAUUGCGAAUCGUGGGGCUCUGAACGAGAAAGUCGAAUCAUUGAAGAGCGAACGUGACAGCUUUAGGCAUGCAGUCAUCACGGCUGAUCAUGCCUCGAAACGAGAAUCUCAUUCGGAGGAUUCCUGUGGCGUUGUAGUCAACCUGGAAGAUGCGACCAAUGAGCUUGGUGCAAGCCCAAUACCGCGCUUUCUUGUCAAGUCGCGGAGCCUUCUGACGGGAACUCUGCGCAUUAUCCAUCCAUCUACAGGUGGCGACGCAACCAACGAACCUUCUCAUGAAGGAAACGAUCCUGCUUCAUCGCCUUGUUCGCAAGCUUCAGAGACGCGACCAGCUCUUUUGAACAUUGUGGACAUCACCAGUCUCGGUGUUGGCACCCUCAACUACAGCAAUACUGUCGGAGCCAAAACAGAAGAUGUUCUUCAGUCUACAACCAACACUACUGUGACUGAUGACGUUUAUGUUGAUUCUCCAGGGGCUGACAGUGCCGACAGCGAGGAUUUGUCACAAGGCGUGACAAUCAGCCCUCCUGAAAUCCGCCGUCUCAGCAUGACCAAUGCACCCAUGCUGCCACGCCUCUCCCAACCUGACACUUCAUUGUUUUUUCCUACAGAAUAA